UUAUUUUGGUUUGACGCCGUGACGUCAUAAGUCUGCUCCUCGCGUCUGUGAUUCGGCUGAGGAGAGUGCUCGAGGAGCUGAUGGACUGUCCAAGCACUGAACCAUGGCAUUUAUUAAAGAGGAGACUGUAGACAUAAGGAUCGAAGAAGUCUUCUGUCUCAAACAAGAGGAUUUCGAGGAACUAACAGACCUGACAGCAUUUAAAGAGGAGAAUGAAGUGCUGAAUGAAAUGGAAGAGAAAGAUCAGUAUGAGAGCCAUCGUGAUUUCAUUAUUGAAGAAAAAUCUUUUAAUUGCUCACAGACUAAAAAGACUUCCUCACGAAAAAGAGUUAAAAAAGGGAUAGGAACUAGAAGUUGUUUAACCUGCUUUCAGUGUGGAAAGCUUUUCACUCAAAAAGGAAGCCUUAACAGGCACAUGAGAAUUCACACUGGAGAGAAACCUUACUCAUGCCCUCAGUGUGGAAAGUGUUUCAUACAGCAUGGAAAUCUUAAAGUCCACAUGAGAAGUCACACUGGAGAGAAACCCUACAAGUGCCUGCAGUGUGGAAAAUGUUUUGAUCAAUAUGGAAACUUCAAAAUCCACAUGAAAAUUCAUACAGGUGAAAGCCUUUUUACGUGUCAACAGUGUGGAGUAAGUUUCAGAAAGAAAUGGAUUCUCAACAGGCAUAUGAGAAUUCACACUGGAGAGAAGCCUUACACAUGCCUUCAGUGUGGAAAGAGUUUUCAUCAACAUGGAAACCUUAAACUCCACAUGAGUAUUCAUACAGGAGAAAGGCCUUUUACCUGCCAACAGUGUGGAAAGAGUUUUGAUCAAAAUGAAAAGCUUCAAGUACACAUGAGAAUUCACGUUGGAGAAAACCCUUUCACUUGUCAACAGUGUGGAGAAAGUUUCAGAAAGAAAUGGAUUCUCAACAGGCAUAUGAGAAUUCACACUGGAGAGAAGCCUUACACAUGCCAUCAGUGUGGAAAGAGUUUUCAUCAACAUGGUAACCUUAAACUCCACAUGAGUAUUCAUACAGGAGAAAGGCCUUUUACCUGCCAACAGUGUGGAAAGCAUUUCAAACGAAAAGGAAGCCUUAAUUAUCACAUGAGAAUUCACUCCAGGGAGGAAAAGCCUUACAUAUGCCAUCAGUGUGGAAAGAGUUUCGAUCAAAAUGAAAAGCUUGAAGAACACAUGACAAUUCACACUGGAGAAAACCCUUUCACCAGCCAACAGUGUGGAGUAAGUUUCACUCAAAAAGGGAUUCUCAAUAUGGACAUGAAAAUUCAGACUGGGGAGAAGCCUUACACAUGCCCUCAGUGUGGAAAGGGUUUUCAUCAACAUAGAAACCUUAAACUCCACAUGAAAGUUCAUACAGGAGAAAGACCUUUUACCUGCCAACAGUGUGGAAAACGUUUCAAACGAAAAGGAAACCUUAAUUAUCACAUGAGUGUACACACUGGAGAAAACCAUUUCACCUGCCAGCAGUGUGGACUAAGUUUCACUCAAAAAGGAAGCCUUAACAGGCAUAUGCGGAUCCACACUGGAGAGAAACCUUACUCAUGCCCUCGGUGUGGAAAGUGUUUCGAUCAGCAUGGAAAUCUUAAAGUCCACAUGAGAAUUCACACUGGUGAGAAACCAUACACAUGUCCCCAGUGUGGAAAAAGUUUUGAUCAACAUGGAAACUUUAAAAUCCACAUGAAAAUUCAUACAGCAGAAAGGCCUUUUACCUGCCAACAGUGUGGAAAGCAUUUCAAACGAAAAGGAAGCCUUAAUUAUCACAUGAGAAUUCACUCCAGGGAGGAAAAGCCUUACACAUGCCAUCAGUGUGGAAAGAGUUUCGAUCAAAAUGAAAAGCUUGAAGAACACAUGAGAAUUCACACCAGAGAAAACCCUUUCACCAGCCAACAGUGUGGAGUAAGUUUCACUCAAAAAGGGAUUCUCAGUAUGGACAUGAAAAUUCAGACUGUGGAGAAGCCUUACACAUGCCCUCAGUGUGGAAAGGGUUUUCAUCAACAUAGAAACCUUAAACUCCACAUGAAAGUUCAUACAGGAGAAAGGCUUUUACCUGCCAACAGUGUGGAAAACGUUUCAAACGAAAAGGAAACCUUAAUUAUCACAUGAGUGUACACACUGGAGAAAACCAUUUCACUUGCCAGCAGUGUGGACUAAGUUUCACUCAAAAAGGAAGCCUUAACAGGCAUAUGCGGAUACACACUGGAGAGAAACCUUACUCAUGCCCUCGGUGUGGAAAGAGUUUCGAUCAGCAUGGAAAUCUUAAAGUCCACAUGAGAAUUCACACUGGAGAAAAGCCUUACAAGUGUACUCAGUGUGGAAAGAGUUUUGAUCAACAUGGAAACCUUAAAGUCCAUAUGAGAGUUCACACUGGAGAGAGCCCUUUCAACUGUCAACAGUGUGGGAAAAGAUUCAACCGAAAAGGAAACCUUAAUUAUCACAUGAGAAUUCAUACUGGAGAGAAGCCUUUCAUCUGCAAACAGUGUGGAAAGGGCUUCACUCAAAAAGAGAUUCUCAACAGACACAUGAAAAUUCACACUGAAGUUCAGAUGAGAAAUCAUACUGAAGAGACCCCUUUAUCUGCCAACAGUGUGGAACUUUCGGCAGAAGUUAAGUUUGAAAAUGAAUCCAUAUCUUGCUAAUGAAUACUCAGAACAGUUAGAAGCCAUUUACAUGUGAUUAGUGUGGAGUUUCAGAUUAAAUGUUACCCUUAAGCUCACUCCUUGAGUAUUCACUUAAGAGAGAAUGUCAUCAAAUUGUUUCCUCUCUGUGAAACUCCUACCACUUUGGAGUCAUUUAAUAACGCUCAUCUGACAGAAGUCUUAAAUGUCAUUUCACUCGAAAAGCCUUGCAGAAACAAAGCAAAUCUUGAGGUUCACACUGGAGAUAAACCUUUCAUUUUCCCCCAGUGUUGGAAGAGUUUCAACCUUAAAGGAAAUGUUAACAUUCACAUGAGACUUCACAUUAAAGAAAGAAAGUAUUUCACGUCUUUAGUGUGAGGAGUUAUAUCAAAGAGCCCUGAAAUGUGGAGUGCUACUCAAGUGUGGCAAAAGGUUUACAAAAAAAGAGCAAUUUCAGUAAUCAGUUGUGCAUUCAUUCUGGAGGAAGACAAUAUUAGAUGUGAGAAAUGUGAGACCCUAUUUGUGUUAUUUGUGAUGUCAUUACUAAUGAAAAUACACAUUGUUAGUUAUUUAUAUUUAAAAAUGUGUUUUCACUAGUUGUUACACCCCACGUUUGGGACCAGUUUAAGACUUGCAAAAUGAAAAAAAUUUUUUUGCAAUGGCCAGGGGAAAAAGAUAAACAAGAAUGAAUAUGAACACAUUUUUACAUUCAGGGCAUAAUAUUAUUUGUUUUUGUUUUAUAUUUUGAUCACCAUACUAUGUAUUUACAGUUGCAAUCAGAAAUAUUCAACCCCCUCAACUCAAAAUACAUUAUAGUGAUAUCGAUGAACAAUCAUGACAAUAAAUGACAAAAAAACUUUAUAAAAAAAUUAUUUAUUGAUACACAUUUAAAGGGUUAGUUCACCCAAAUAUUAAAAUUAUGUUAUUAAUGACUCACCCUCAUGCCGUUACAAACCCGUAAGA